AUCAGGCAAAUAUUUUGCAUGUUGAUUCCCUCCCCAGCAUACAUGGAGUGGUAGUGGUAGGUCCUUUCCCUUAGUUGCGGUAUGGUCAACUGCAAGUUGAGCAUGUGUCUGUCCCGGUGUAACAGCAGCACAAGGCAUAUGGGAUGGGGGGUAUCAUUUUAAGGAUAACAGUGGAACCAAAAAGGUGUAAGCGAUAUCUCCAACUUGCUCAUGUCUCCUUGAAUAGAAAUAUAGGUAGAAUCGUCAAUCGUGAGCACUAUUGUCCUUAAUCGUUUGCGAUUUCCAGCUUUGGUGCUGUUCAUAUGCUGUGCUCACAAUCUAUUGAGAUUCUCGUUGUCAGAAUUUACACUAGACAUGCAUUGUGGUUUUUGGUGCCAGCUGCAUUGGUCCAAUUCCUUGGUGCAUAACAUGGAGAAUUCCUGCCUGCAUUGUGGUUAUGCAGUGCGCGCCCAAAAUUCAGUAAAGCUGCUGCUGCUGCUGCUGCGUUUGUAUGCGCACCAGCUUACCUUUUGUUAGGUUGUGGCAGCUAACCGUGGAUGCAGCACUAGCACCUGUACAUGGCUCGUUGUGUGUGUAUGUAUGUUGGUCCAUCUCCUCCUGCUGCUGCAUGCGUUUGUUCAAGUCUAUAAAAUCCAAGAUGGCCUGCCUGUCACCUGUCACCACAUACUACCGAUCGAGAUACAUUCGUUAGCAACACCCACAGGCCACAGCAAUGUAUCAGCAACACCGUCACUGGGCCAAUUCCUCAUGUUAUUGCGUUGAUGAUGAGCUCAAAGCUGGUGAUCCAAUCCUCUCUCGACCAGACGCCUUGCUUGCCAAUGGAGGAGCAUUCUUGCCUUCUCCGCCGCCGCCGAACUACAUGUCUCACUAUUCGCAGCCCCCACCUGGCAUUGUUCCUCCACCCAUGGUCAGCCCCAGCCAGCUGCACGCCAUCACCACCUCGUCGUCCGGCAUGGCAGCAGCAACGUCGUUUCGCCGGGCGUUGAGCACGGGAGACCUCAUCGUACGGGACCGGGAGGAGGAGCAGAGGGCUGGGGCGGCGGCGGCGGCGGCGGUAACAAGGUACACCGCGGAGGAGCGGCGGGAGCGCAUCGACAAGUACCGGAGCAAACGCAACCAACGCAACUUUCAAAAGAAGAUCACGUAUGCGUGCAGGAAGACGCUCGCAGACAGUCGUCCCCGAGUGAAGGGCCGCUUCGCGCGCAAUGGCGGUGACUACACGGAGGCGGAUGCAGACCACCAUGUCCAUGUCCUAGCAGAGGCUGAGGAGGCGGCGGCAGCAGCAGCAGCAGCAGCAGCAGCACAUCGGUCAGAGUCGCCGGCGGCAACAGCAGCUGCGUCGUCGGAGUGGUGGCCGGCAGUGCAGGAGGAGGGCAUCAACCUAGCAGAGCUCUGUGCCGAAGACGACGACGAGAUGCUGGCCGCCUACCUUGGAGUCUCCUCCAUCAGUAUAGCUGAUCAUCACUACAGCUGCCACCCAUAGAUAAAUAGAUAGAUAUGCAUGGGUAGAGUAGAGAUGCUGCUCGAUCGCUUUAAUUUAUAAUAGUUUAUAUCCACAUCUCUGCACUAUAUAUAGAUUUUCUUUUACUAGAAGUAAAUUUGAUGAUAUCGCAUUUCGCUUUAGUUUAUAUAGAGUAUUACUUUUCUUUUUAUCUAUUGCCCCUGCUCGUUGUUUAUUUCCUGAUCGCUUUCGAUCAGCCAUUGAGCAACGAAUUUUAUAAACCUGAUCCUUCCGCCGUUGCCGAGGCUGCUGCUGCUGCUGGCGCGGCUGACGGGGAGAGUCCGAUCCGACUACGGAGGGAGGGAGGGAGCCCAUAUGGGCUAAGCGAGGUGCCAUGAUGGACCACGCCACGGUUGUGAGCUGAGGCCUCUUGCCAGGUUCAUAUAAUACGUAUAGCAACCCAAGCAAAGCUAUUGCCAGGGGAGCCUCCGUCCGUUGAUGCUACCUAGCUGUAGCAGCUAUUGUUCUAGUGUCGUGACAAUAUAAUCCCACUGGAUUUUCUUUCUUGAAUCAAGUCCGAUCACUAGUAAACUUCAGGGAGUUAGCCAGUUAUUAGUGUUUCCCAAGUUUAACU